UGCCCCUGCCUAAGCUUAACCCCCCCUGUUGUCCUGUGCCUUGACAGUUGAGUCGGAUGGCCUUGUCCUAUCUGCCAUCAUCAGAGAGGGCUCAACUGCUUAAGCGUCCACCACCAUGGGCACAUAUAAAGUUGGUCACAUCCCAACUCAAAAUAACCCACCUUUCCUAGGGAUAUCAAUAGUCUCACGUACUCGACAGAAAUACUUAAAGGGCUCGUUUCCCACUCACUUCAUUGUACUUCCAAAGCCCACUUACACAAACCCAUCUUCGAGAAACCAAGGACAUUUAUACUUCAACGAUCUUCCAUCUCACAUAAAACUCGUCCACAUAAAAGUGACAAGACUCUUUAUUAAGACACCCUCAAGACUCAAGCUAAGCUUCGACUACUCUAAACCUCUUUCGGUCAACCUGUCCGUCACCAUGUGCGUCAAGGAGCAUCAACCUCUUGUCGAUGGCUGCUGCACGUUCUGCUGCAAGGCAGUCGACUUUGGCACCCAUGACUACUGCGGGAACAACUAUGCCUGCCCACGGUGUCCCGAUUAGGAUUCGUCACCCUUUCCCUCGGAUGCAAGUUACGGGACUAAGAUCCACGAGCUCGGCUACCGUCCUUCUCAAAUCGCACAUCUUUAUCAUGUUCCCCCAUUCUCCCACUUGGCCUCGACGAGAUCCUCUGGGAACGAAUGCUUGGAAACACGUUUUUGCUUCAGCGUUUUUAUUUUUUUUCUCUCUCACUCUUUUCGGCCAAGCCUUUGGGUUAUCAACCGUAUAGGAUGCGGAUAGGGAAGAACCGCUUAUGAAGGGAAAAAAAAACCCCUGAUAAAACAUUCAAAGCAACAACCUACUAC